AUGAUUCAUCCAAAGAAGCUGGCUCAACUGGCUAAGAAGUUGCAGAGGCUGGUGUCAGCCGGUGGCCAGGAGACUGCAGACACCGACGGAUGCUGCAGCACUGCUUCUGUUGCAGACAAGGGCCAUUGUGUUGUGUACACCGCCGAUGGAUCACGGUUCGAGGUCCCGUUGGCUUACCUUGACACAGUGGUCUUCAGAGAGCUCCUACAGAUGUCUUAA